UGCACCGUGUCGACUCCGAGUCCGAGCCCUGCGCAGAGCGUCAGCGAGGCGGGAGAAGACACGGUCGCCCUGAGGCGGCCGCAACAGGACAUGGCCACCCACGCUCGACUGAUGACCGUCCUCUGUCUGGCGGUGACCGCGUGGACUGCAGGAGCGGCACCCACCUGGCAAGAUCCAUGGAUGACCGCGUCAAAGGACGACUACGUGAUUAAAGUCAAUACCGAUAACAGCGAACUCACGAUAUAUGAAGACGUGCCGAUUGGCCACCAGAUCGCAGUUUUGCACGUGAACGCCGCAGAAGGUGAAAAGGUCACAGUGACAGCAGAGGAUGGUGUACAACUGGAGUUCACAGAGAAUGCACCCAACAUCAAAGUCACAUUGGCGUCACAACUCGACUUCGAGAGGCCGAAAACAGACAUAAUAACGACGGUGAAGUUGAACGGCGGAAACAGUCAAACGCUCAUCAUACACGUGGAAGACGUGAACGACAACCCGCCCAGGUUCGACGGCGGCAUCGGCUCCCAAGUCAACCUUAAUGUUCCAGAGGACAGCACGAAUGACUCUUUGCUGGUACUGAAAGCAACUGAUGCAGAUCAGGGUGGUACGAAGGUGCCCAGCUAUACUUUAACAACGGUCAAUCCGGAACUAUUCACCCUGACCAGUCCGUCCGACGGGUGCCAGCUGCACCUUAUCAAGCCGAUGGACUACGAGACAAGCCGGCUGUACACGCUCACCAUCACAGCCACGGACGCUCCCGACGGCCGCGGUCUCCGCCAGAACGUCUCGGUCACCGUGAACAUCAACGUUCAGGACGUGGGCGACACGCCACCUCUCUGGAAUUCGCCAGCCGCCACCAAGGUCGUGGACGAGACGGUGCCAAAGGGUGCGCUCAUAUUCAGCGUGUUGGCCAUUGACGGAGACCUAGGGGUCAAUAACCCAAUAGUCUACUCCAUAACCAAACAGAAUCCCGACAGCAUAAUGACCAUCGACACCCAGAGCGGGGCCGUCACGCUUCUGAAGGACCUAGACAGGGAGGAUCCGGCCAUCGCUGCCGUCAACGGCUUCAUCUCCGUCGUUGUGCAGGCCCGGGAGUCGCCCGCAGACAAACCAGACCAGCCGUGCUCCAACAUCACGUGCGCCACCUCCACGGGAAUCAUCACCGUAAACGACAUGGACGACCACAUCCCGACGUUCGACAGCCCCAGCUAUCCGGUCACCAUAGACGAAAACUGGCCGGGGAUGCUCGGUCUCAAGAUCAACGUCACCGACCCGGACUCGCGGUACCCGAACGGGGCCUUCGACAUAACGCUGGAGGGGGCGCCUGAAGGUGUGUUCGAGGCCGCCGCCACCAAAGGUGCACAGGAGCUCAUCACCGACAUCCGCGUCAUGAAUCCCGAUUAUUUGGACUACGAGGUGGCGGAGCGACAGACCAUAAAGUUCAAGGUGGUGGCAACGGGUGACAACGAGAAAAAAAGUAGCAGUAGCUCUGACGUCAUCAUCACCCUGAACGACGUCAACGAUAACUCGCCCGUGUUUGAAAAGGACGCGUACGCGGUCAGCAUCAAGGAAAGCUGUUCAAGCGGCGAUGACGUCAUUGCAGUGGCAGCGACAGAUGCAGAUAUCACCCCAGAGUUUGGCAACGCCAGCAUCAGGUACUCGAUCGUCGGGAGCACCCAGACGGACGCCAUCAAAAUAGACGACACCACCGGAGACAUUACUAUGUCGGCAAGCGAGACACCGCCGUUCGACUAUGAAAAUGAGCAUUCCGUGAAGUACACAAUUCGCGCUGUCGAUGGUGGCAACAAAUCCCGGACAUCCUCAGUAGAGCUGACCAUUAACAUCGAGGACGUCGACGAUACGCCUCCAACGAUCACGCCUUCACUGAGCUGUUCAGUGAAAGAAAACAAGGAGAAUGUUAAGCUCACGCCAGAUAUAGAAGGAAAGGACGUAGAUACUGAUGCUGAGCUGACAUUUUCCAUCGACUGGAGCAACACGAAGGCCUACAAGGAUGGAAAAGAGGUGGCGAAGGACGACUACGACUUCACAAAGUGCUUCCACAUCGGCACCCAGGCUGCGCCGCCCGGGGGCGCGACGGGAACACUCAGCGUCACGGGCGAGGCACCCGACCGCGAGAAGAUGGACUCCAUCCAGCUCAGUGUCGUCGUGACCGACGAAAAGACCGUCUCGGGCACGAAAAGUGCCACAGGCACGGUCACCGUCACCAUCCUGGACGAGAAUGACAAUUACCCGACCUUCAUCAAUGUCAACAACACCACGGAGAUGAACGUGACGGAGAACGUGCCGGACACGUCAGUCAUCUUCACCGUUCUGGCGGAAGACUCGGAUAAGGACAACACCAUCACUUACCGGCUAGAUGGUAACCCGGCCUUCACCAGUCUGGUGGCGAUAGGCGAGGGGAACGGCCAGCUGUCAGUGAUCGACAACAUCGACCGGGAGAAGCACUCGCAGAUCGAGCUCACCGUUACGGCCACCGACUCUGGCGUGCCUCCCAAAAACAGCUCGAUCAAGAUAACCAUCGCCGUGCUGGACCAGAACGACUGUCCGCCGGUAUGGAAGGUCGACCCGAGCACACUGCUGCUCAACGUCUCGGAGCAGGGCACCCCCAACAAGCUUAUUACAACGCUUCAAGCCACAGACAAUGACCUAGCAGGCACGCCCUUCAGCAACGUCACCUACAGCGUCAGCAAGGAGAGCUCCGACAACAUCACCGUCGACGCCAUCAGCGGCGAGGUCCGCGUCAACGGUGUGCUGGACCGUGAGGCGCUGCCAGAGUCCGACUACGUGCUGACGGUGCGCGUGCAGGCUGGUGACAACUGCGACACGGCCGGCCGCUGCCGCCACACCAUCGACGGCUACCUGCGCGUGCGCGUGCUCGACAUCAACGACCAGCCGCCGGUGUUCCCGGCGCCGUCCGGCGACCUGGCCAAGGUGCCGGAGACCACGCGGGAGCACGUGUUCCUGGCGACGGUGACGGCGACCGACGCCGACGCUCGUGACACGCCGGCCGCCAAGCUGCAGUACGGCCUGGCCGAGACGGUGGCCGUGCGCAGCGGCUGCCAGCGCACUGACCUCUUCACAGCCGGCACGGAGGGCGACGCCGCCCAGCUGCUGUCCAGCCACGCGCUGCAGGGCUGCUGGGGCACCUAUAACGUCACCCUGUGGGCCGCCGACAGCGAGGCUCCCUUCCACAACGUCACCGCCGUGUACCAGGUGCAAGUGGAUGACGUGAACGACCCACCCGAGUUUGUCUCGCCUGCGGACGGCUUCAGCUUGGGUAUCUGGGAGAACAGUUACAACGGCUCGCAGCACCUGAUGCCCAUCGUGCUGACGAACGGCACCGAACUGGUUGUGGUGGCCAAAGACCCAGACAUUCCGAAAACGCAAAACUCCAAGCUACAGUACAGCUUGCUGCAGAGCUCCACCCCAGAGGGCGCUACCAACAUAUUCGACGUGAUUCCAAGCAGCGGUGUGGUCUGCCUGAAGAGCAAGGUUGACCGAGAGAGCCCGGCAGGCUACGAGUACACGCUUGUGGUGGAGGCGCGCGACCGCGGGGAAGACGGCGGCCUGGCCGCCACCACCCACCUCCACGUCACCGUCAAGGACGUCGACGAGUUUGCGCCGCGCUUCCCGGACGACAACGUCAACUACGACGCACGCUUCAAGGAAAAUCAGGCGGCUGGUAGCGUAACACUUGACGUUACGACGAAGGCCACCGACGCCGACGACACGGACAUCAUGUUCUUUUUCCUGGUGGGGGGCGCCAAGGACACGUUCGAACUGGUGAAUCAUGAUGCGCCAGUGCCGCAGCUCCGCACGACUAGGCAGCUGGACCGCGAGAAACAGCCCAGCUACCUUCUCAUCCUCGCAACCAGCCGCAAUAACACCUACCCGGGCGACGUGGCUGAAUUCGACGCCAGCGACAAGAGUACCCUCCUGCUGAACGUGACCGUGCAGGAUAUGAACGACAACACGCCGACCUUCAGCGGCAGCACCAUGGGCGGCAUCGCCGCCGGCGACGAGAAGAAGGUGGUGAUUGUGGCGCUAAGCGCGAUCGACCCAGACCUCAACGACACGACCAGCUACCGCAUCGAGGGUGCUAUCACAGCCAGCGACCCCAGCAUCGAGCCGGUGGCCAACACCACGCAGCCGUUUGUGCUCGAGCCAGACACCGGCAAGCUGCUGCUCAACUUCGACGUGGACAGCAAGAUGAACGGCUACUUCGAAUUCACGGCGUCGGCCACAGACCUGAAGGAUCACAGCAGCGAAACCGUCGUGCGCGUGUUUAUCAUCACUGAGGAGAACCGCGUCAAGUUCAUCUUUGCCAAUGCGGCGGCCUUCGUGACGUCGCAGCAGGAGAAGGUGCGACAGAUCCUGUCGAAGGUGUUCGGCUACACGGCCAACAUCGAGACGGUGCUGACCACGUCGGACAGCACCUCAACUGACGUGACGACGCACUUCAUCGACGAGCAGCGCAAGCUCCCCGUUGACCGCGACACCAUCAUCAACAUGCAGUAUCAGGGAGACGUCAGUAGGACGCUGAUUGAGGACUUCUCGGCCAUUGACCUCAACCUCACCCAUAUUGGAGACACCAAGGUGGCGCCGCUGCCGGAGCAGGACACGCUGUUCCAGAUGCUGCUGAUCGUCGUGGCCUCGGUCCUCGGCGGGCUACUGGCGCUGACGCUCAUCACCGCCUGCAUUAAAACAACCAAGCUCAGGCGACAGGUGAAGGCGCUCUCCAUAAACGCCUUCGGCUCCAAAGAGUCAGGCAUGCAGAACGCCGGCCUCGCCGUACCCGGCUCCAACAUGUUCGCCAACCAGGGCGCCAACCCCAUCUUCACGCUGGACGAGAGGCAGAACCCGGACGCCGAGAGCGUCUCCAGCGGCGAUUCGGUGCUGAUCGGCGUCGAGGAUGCUGCUGAGUUUGGCGGUCCGGCCGCCAAACGACCGGCGCCAUCCGCGCCUGUGGCGCCGCCGGCGUCGGCCGCCUCUGACGCUGGGUUUGGCGAUCAGGCCGCCAAACGGCUGGCGCCAUCCGCGCCCGUGACGCCGCCGGCGUCGGCCGUCUUUGACGUCGACAGCCCCUACCACAUGCCACAGUUCGAGGCCGACGAAGAGUUCGGCGACGCCGGCGUUGGCGCCUCGCCGUUCGGCGGCGACGUCGGCGUUGGCGCCUCGCCGUUCGGCAGCGACGGUGGAGCCACGUGCAACCCCCUCUUCGGGGCCGAGCUGCCGCAGGAUGAAGGCAGCGUGCAGGAGCAGGCCCUGUACUGAGCUCGGCGGGCGACUGCCGCGGCCAGCAGGGCGGCCCUGCACAGGAGCGGGCGGCAGCCGUCGAGCUGAAGACCACGGGCGACGCCAGCGGCCAGGGCUACCGCGGAGAGCGACGUCAGCCAGUGGGUGACGGCCUGGCUGUGCCGCUGCCCCCUCCCGCCGAGAGCGACGUCAGCCAGUGGGUGACGGCCGGGCUGUGCCGUUGCCCCUUCCCCGCGGAGAGGGACGUCAACCAGUGGGUGACGGCCAGGCUGUGCCGCUAACCCCCCCCCCCUUGCCCCCGUCCACCGGGGAGCGCUGAGUGCUGACGCCGGGUGACGAUGACUGACAGCCGACGCCUGGUCGCUAUAGGGCUCACGAAAGUAGCUGUCGCUGCCGUCGAUUACAAUGUGACUACUCAUGACUUGGUAAUAUUCUGUUCGCUUCACAUCUGUCCGGCUGCUGACAGCCAUUUCCAGCGUGAUUGAUUGGCGUCGGGACAUAAUCGCUUUCCUCGAUAUCUUUAUAACAUGAUGUAAUAUUUUUAGACGUUUCACAAAAUGUUCAGAGCUUUCAUUAUGGGGACGUUUUUGAAACUGUAGGCUUGCCUGUGGUCGUGCUUUGACUUUGAAGAAUGAUUUGCACUGCGGUUCUCAACGCCACGCAGGGCGCCGACACGCGGGGUUAAUGCGCUGAUCCUUGCCACGGGACAGCGAAUGUGAUGACGUUGUCUGUCACGUGACUUACUAACGAUGGCACCGCUUGGCUACUGCAGGUAUAGACUCUGUUGACAUGACUGAAAUGUUCUGUGUCAAGGUGUCAUGGUCUCAUCGGACGAGCUUGUAUGCAAUACACGAUCAACGUAGGCGAAUA